GCAGGAGCAAGAGCGCUGACUUGGAUUGGUUUCUCCAGAUUGAUAACACCACUCUUCAUGCGCUCUCGGUUGUGUGUCAGGGCUGCUUGCCAGGGGACAUAUAGCUCUGCGUUUACGCACAAGAGAGAGGUUUUAUUUACUUGCGUUAGGCAGGGCUGGAGCGCUUGGGAAGCUGCGGGUCUAACCGGAGCUGCUGGUUUAAUAAGUCCUGUUCUUGCCUUGGCAGUUUAGCCGACACCAGAGGAGCGAUCCGGAUUUUGAGAGAGGAUAACGACGAAAACGACGCUACAGAGAUUGCGCUUUUCUCCGUCUCCGUCCCUGCGAUAUAGAACAUUAAUUUCCACUUAACAUUUUUUGCAGAAGGGCUGCGUACGUUGUCACCUCUCCUGGAAAUUCAAUGCAAGUUAGAGAAACUGUUUGGUGCGCGGAGUGGAGUUGAGCCGGAGGGAGAUUGUUGCGGACUGUGCUUAUAUUAGUAACAGCUUAUAGGUGUUUUAUUUUUUGUAUAGUUCGUUUUUGGAAGAGACUUGGGGUUUUUUUUGUAUUUCUCCGCGCAAGCGACUGAAGUGGAUGUGUUGGAUGCAAUGGGUGCGCGAUCUCACUGUUAGAUCGGACUGAAACCGAAACCUCUAUUUAAGAGAAACACCGUCAACUUAACCCUAUAUUCGUGGUAAACAGUGAAGUGAGGACUACAGCUCGUGAGGGAGGAAAACGGUGUGGAGCGACAUUCAGAUGUGACCGGCCUCUCCUCGCUGCUCGCAUCACAAGAUUUUUCGCCACCACAUCCAGUCCAAAAAAAAAAAAGAAAAAGAAAAAAAAAACGCCGAAUCAGGAGGGACUUUGGCUCGGCCAAGUUUGAGAGCAAUGCCGCAGGUGGAAAUGAUCCUGUUCCUCUUCUUCAUCAUUGGGAUGUGUGUGUAUGGCCAGGACCCGGCAUCCAAGGUGGUGUCCGACCGAUACGCCGUCUACUGGAACCGCACCAACCCCAGGUUCUACCGGGGCGAUUACCACAUCGACGUGUGCAUCAACGAUUACCUCGACGUCUACUGUCCGCACUACAUGGACCCUGUCGCGGACGAGCGGGCGGAGCGCUACGUCCUCUACAUGGUCAACUACGACGGCUACAGCUCCUGCGACCACACCUCCAAGGGCUUCAAGCGCUGGGAGUGCAACAGGCCCCUCUCGCCCAACGGACCGCUCAAGUUCUCGGAGAAGUUCCAGCUCUUCACCCCGUUCUCCCUGGGCUUCGAGUUUCGCCCUGGCAGAGAGUACUACUACAUAUCCUCCACCGUCGACGACAGGGGAAGAAGAAGCUGCCUUCGACUCAAAGUCUUCGUCAGGCCUGCAACAGACAAUUGUGUGAAAAAUUCUGGAAACGUGCAGGAAGGGGUCGAUUUUGAUGAGAGGAUCCAUAAUUCCCUAGAACCCAGAGACGACACCAGUCAUGAGUCGGCCGAGCCCUCUCGAGGAGACGUGAACUCCGCGGGAUGGAGCCAGACUUCGCCCCUCCUGCUCAGCGGCGCCCUCCUCCUCCUGGCGGUCAUCUUGUCUUUAUAGCGCCGACAGUCCCGGAGGAAUUUCCAGGAAUGGACCGUCCUGAUUGGACCGCAGGCGCCCUAUACCCUGUAACCCGUCCCCCAAGGAGCACUUUUAAGAAUAAAAUGAAAAAAAAAGAAAAAAAAAAAACACUGACAAUCUCUCUCGGCGAAAGAGAGAGAGGGACUUCUGCGGGGAAGCCUUCUUUGUUUGUGACGUUGGAAAGUGAAAUGCCAAUUAGUGUGAUUCUUAACUUUCCGGUGGAUGCUUAAACGCUCAAAGUGUCCCACUUGAAUUAGGCAGGGUGUCUUACCUCUACGCACCACUACCAUUCACAGUAUGCAGAUAGUAAACAUUAGUUUCUGUCAUGAGACAUGUUCCCUAAUCAUCUACAGUAGAACACACACUUACGCACAGUGCGCAGAAUUCACAAUCAGUCCUCUUUAGCUUGAACGGGGAAGAAGCACAGCCGGAUCUCUCCAGGUUUACAGAUUUAAGUCUGAACAGAGUCUGUGCGUCAGAAACAGCGCAUCACCCCGACAUGUCACACCAUAUCAUAAGUCUUACAUUACAAUGGAAGACGAUCAGAGUUUGAACAAGAUCUGGGACUGAUGCGAUCAGCUUUUAGAUGUAACAAAAAUCCAUUAAUGACCAUGAUUACACACACAUGGGCCAACACGAAAGGAAAAACGAAACAAAACAAAACAAACAAAAAAAAAAAAAGACGAUUGUCGUGUUGCCGAGGGGAUGGGGCAAGUUAAACUUCCUCUCAGGUGAAAGGAGUUGGAUUUGUUGUCUCCGAGACUGUGCAUGGCGGACCCUUCGUGAAAGGAAAAAGAAAGAGAAAAAGAAAAUGAAAAUGAAAAGAAGCACUCAUCUUUUAGUACUUUGUGUCUGAGUAGGGGCGAUUUAAUGAUCGAUUAAUGUAUUUUUUUUGUUGUUCAUUUUCUUUUCUUUAAAAAAAAAAAAAAAAAAAAAAGAAUCACGUAAUUCAAAGUGUAGCAGCCAACACGGGUGUGUAAUAUUUGAGCGCAGUGUAGAAGUCGAUAUGGUAUUUUGCCAGGCAAAUGUAUUUUCCUAUUUAUUGUGAAGUCCUUGUGCUUUUUUUUCUGUUCUGAUUUAGGCUCUGUAACUACAGUAGAAAGGCAAUAAAUUAAAAAAAAAGAAAACACACACACACACACACACACACUUUCUCCCACACUUUUCCAUUUACGAAGCUCAUAUCACCCAGGAUUCAUUUGAUACAAUCAUACCGUACAACAAAAGACAAUAAUCUGUGUCUGUUUGGAUUUUGCGCUGAAUUCAGUGGAUUGUUUUAAUUGUUUUAACGGAGUCCAGGAAGACGUCUGAUGUGCUAUCAGGGUGUAGAAAUCGUAGAAUAUUUGUAUUUGUGUUUCGAAAUUUGUCAUGAACGAGUGACACGCGAUGUGUACUACGUCAGUCUGUUUUUACUAUUCACCUACCGCUUUUGUGAGUCAGUGUCAGAACACAAUUAUAAUUACUGUACAUAGAGGCAAAUUUCCUACAGGAUUCAGGGAUGUGUCCAUGCCCAAUGCGAGUUGAAGAAAUUUGAUUUUAUCGGUUUUGGUCGGGGGGGGUUAUUGCUCCCCAAAUAAAGCAGCACAACUUUUCUGUGGCUCGGGAUGAUUCAGACAGUGACCAAGUUGGAGAACAGGUUUCCCCGUGGUGGCGGUGGUGGUAGUAGAGAGGUUGGAUGUGAUUUAGUUGCCGUCUUUGAUGUCGUGUAAAGUGGCGUCUGUACAGACCAUACACCGGGGGCACCGUCGUACGGGUUAUUUCUGGAAUGAAAAAUCGACCACCAAGAGAGAUGGAAAAAAAAGGGAAGGGGAGAGAGAGAGAGGGGGGGGGGAGUGGUGUCCUGUUCACCCAGGGCAAACUGAAAUCCUACCACUAGUGGACCUGAGAGAGAGAGAGAGAGAGAGAGAGAGAGAGAAGGAGAGAGAGAUUGAAGCUUCGUAGUGCUCCUGCUGAGAUCAAUAGUAAUGUUCUUUUCAAAAUGCAGGAACACAGGGUAAACGUAUCCUUUCCACCCAUCACUCUCGGCAACACCAGUACCUUAACAUUCACUCACUGCCAAAUGAAAGACAACCCUACUAGUUUUCUUUUUUUUUUUUUUUCUUUUUUUUUUUGGCUGAAAAACACUUUACUGCUUGUAGUCGCUGCUCAUUGAGGCUCAGUUCAACCAAGAACAGCAGACGCUACGAGUCCAUUGUCACUGAAAUCAUCGACUCCAGCCACGCCACAAAUGGGAAAUACAAAUCAGUUAGUUUCGUGGAUACUGUGUAUCCAACAAUUAGUCUAUGUAACAUACAGUGUUAGGUAGUUUUUUUCACACCUCUUUUGAAGGGCAAUUUAACUGAGACACAUUAUUAAUGUUCUUAGCGAGA